AGACCGUCUUAAUAUAUGAAAAAACACACUUCAUAGAAAUAAGAUCUAUUAUUAUGCCUAUAUGCAUAUUUCCUGGGCAUGACAGCUGCAAAUAAUCUUAUCAAUGGAAGGCUAUUUGUGCAAAUUAGUUAAAUUAAGUUAAUAAAUAUGGAAUUGUUGAAACAUGAAAUGUGCUUUGUCCACUGACUAUGCUCACCACAAGGGGGCAGCAGUGCACUUCACGCAGCAUCACAGCUACCCUGCAGAAGAAGAACGCCGUUGCUACGCGACGCAACACGCAUCACAACUGCGUUAUAACCAGUCUAUGGUUAAAACAUUAUUCGAGCCUUUCUUUCCACAUUUCUGCCCACAUUUAUUGUUCAACUAUCCAGCCAUGUCUCUUCCAGACACAAUGUACUGUUCCCAGCAAAUCAACAUCCCCCCCGUGCUGCCAGACAUCCUGAAAAACUUCACUAAGGCAGCCAUCCGUACACAGCCCAAGGAUUUGCUGGUGUGGUCUGCGGCAUACUUCAGUGCGCUGUCUAAAGGAGAGUGUCUGCCAGUCAAGGACAGGCUGGAGAUGAAUGCCGCCACCCAGAGAACUGACACAGGGCUGACUCCAGGUCUACUCAAGACUCUUCACAAACAGCUGUCCCCCAGGGAAACAUGCAGCAAGGAGGAAGUGCAGAAGAAGUGGAAGGGCCUGUGUCUCCCCGUGGAUCAGCUGGAGAGCCUGCUGUCGCUGGGCAGCUUUGGCUCAGACAUCGACUGGAUGGAGUUUUUCUCUCUGGCCUGCAGUGCUCUGGGAGGGACCCUCGUGAGUUCUCUGAAGUUUGCCUGUGAGAUCCUGACAGAGGAUGAGGAGGGCGGUGCUGCGAGGAUCCCCUUCGACACCUUCGUCAAACUCUACACCUACCUGGCUCACCUGGACGGAGACAUGCCACAGCAACACAUCGACAACUUCCUCAACAGCCUGCAGCUACAAGUGGAGCUCCAACACGGGAUGAUUAAACCUUUAGACUUCAUAUAUCAGGAUGAUAUCGACUCAACGACUCAUGCUUCGUCAAACUUUGCCAGAGCAACCUCACGAGCGGAAUAACAAUUAUGUGUACAACAUUGACACAGUGACUGCAUGUUGAUGCAUUUGUUUACGGGUGAGACCGAAACACCUUUCACUACUCUGUGUCUAAUGUAACUAAUGCGCUGGAUUUGGGUUUACAACUCACAUUAUCUUGGUGCUGAGGUGGGAUGAGUGAGCAGAAACCUCCAGGGCUGCAUAUGAUAGGGACCUGUCAAUCAAGCACACUUCCCCAUUAUAUUCUUUAUGGAACAAUGAUCUCACAAUCCCCACAGUGACACAGAUUGGCACAUGUCAAAUUAAUUAUUGAGACCUGAACUCCUAGUGAAAAGAUGUAAUUAUUUGGUAUUACAAGAGAGAUGUUCUUUCUUUGAGCUAGUGUUCCUGCAGCUAUUGGGAUAAUGACAGUUCAAAGCACUUCUGCAUUCCCCACUAUUCCUCACCAUCACAGUGAGAUGUUUCAGUCUAGGUAUCUUUGUAUUGUAUUUUGUGUAUUUUUUAUCAUUAGUGAUUCCGCCUCUAACAGCAUUUGAGGAAAGUGCUAUACAUAAUGCUGAUUUGGCCAGGCUGUAUUUGGGGAGUUGUUCUUACACACAUGAACACACAUCACACAAAAUCAUGGUCCAUUGCUGGCUGAUUAAAAUUAGUUAAUUACCACUUGUGGACUAUUCAAUUGCUCUUAUUCAACUGGCAGUGAAAGCUUUUUCUGUCCCUGAAUUGAAGUGUUGUCCUUAGCCUCUUAAUAAGUGGUGUCUGUCCCGACCCCAUGAACUGAUUGAGCAAUAAUAUAUGAAGUGCUUCUAAUCACUCUACUAAUAAUCACUACAUUAAGUCGUUCCUAUGAAGUGGAAAAACAUAAUUUUCUGGCAAAUCUAAGACACAAGCGGACCCAUUAAAACCUUGUUGUAAACACUCACAAUUAUCAUCACACACACACCCCACAAAAACCUAAACAGUUCAGUACUUGUGUCAAGAAGAGAUCACAGGGACCUUUGUAUUGCACUCCUGCUUCAGGUAUGCCAUCGAAGAGUCCAUGGUGUGUUGGUGUGUUGGUGUGUUCUGGCUGCUUGUGGUCUUAGGGGGAAUAUAUAAACGACCAAAUGGGGGAAUGACUGCAGAAGCUUGUCUAAUACUACCAGCACCAAGGUCAAUAUGCUCAUUAAGUUCAUUUGGGAUGCUAGCAUUUAUAAACCAAGAGUGAUCUUAUAAAUGUAUUGAUGAUCAAUAAAAUCAUCAUGACUUAAGAGCAAUCAUUUCUUUGUGUAGAGAACAUUUUGCUGCUAUUUAUGUGUACAUGCGUUAUGUGCGGAUAGUCAGAGAAGUAUUUGAAACAACCACUUUGGGGACAAUGUUCAGUGCAUUCAUGUUUCAGUAACCUAUGCAUUUUAACUUGUCAUUACUAGACCCAGGAGGAUAAAGCAUGGCAGUUUUCAUUAUGUGUUAUGUAGUAUGUUAUUGACUCAUUGAUAAAUGUUUCAACAUUCUAUUUUAAGACCGUUUCCCAUAUUUUUCUACACAUUGUACAAUGACUUUUUCUGACAUAAUUCUGUCAUUUUUUGAUAAUUUCGACAUACAAAAUUAUUGAGUUUUUCCUGAUAUUUUCGAAAGGCUCUACAAUGUCGAAAUAUUCAGAAAUAACUACAUAGAGUAGUAUAGUUUGUCGAAAUUAUGCAAAAAAUUAAAUAGUAUAGAAUACUAUUUCAUCACGUUAUAGUCACUGUUCGAAAUGGGUGGGAGCCAGGGGGGAGCCCAAAAAAAUGCAUAUUUGUGUCACACAGAUUAGAAAUGUUGAGUUUCUGUAAAUAAAAGUUCUUGAAAUAAAUAAUAGUCAUUGUUCA